AUAUUGGCAGUCCCCGUCCCCGUCCCUGUGCAAUUGCUUCUUUACUUUUCUUUUCUAGUCGAACACAACAUCUUCUUCUAUUAUAAUGUCAAGCUUGAAAUUGAAUUUAGUUCACCCCAUGUUUCUUUGUCCCCGCAGCAUCAUCAUCUCAUUCACACCAUCUUCCUCCUCCUCCUCCGUUAACAACUUAACAUUCACUCACCACCAAAACGCUUCUUCUUCUUCUUCUUCUUCUUCACCAAAAUUUGUUCACACUACUCGUACCCAUUCACAUUCUCGUUCAUUCCCAGAACCCGAUGACUACCAAGUUCAAGACCUUCGUGUUCCCCCUCAUUGGUUACUCCCAACCAAUGCUUCCCAGGAAUCAGAGUGGCUUAGGGUUACUUUACAUAAAUGGUUGGAUGAUGAAUACUGUCCUGAGGAAACAAAUGUGGAGAUAAGCAGAGUUGCUGCAAAAUCCUACUAUAAUUCUUUGAUACGGAAACAAGCUGAUUUAGCUGACAUUUUGUUGAAUAUGGCACGUGAAUUGGAAACCAUUUCUUAUAAGGAAAGUUUUCAUGGGGCAUACACAUCUGCAAAUGCGGCUGUAAACCUAAUUGCGCAGCGGAUUGAACAAUUAUGCCACCCAAAUUAAAUUCCAUAGCUCCACAUGGUUUGCUUUUUUCACUUCUACUAUUGUAUACUAUAGUCUUGUAACAUGUUUCUUUGUUUUAGAGUUUCCUAACUCGCUUAUUGGUGGCUCUUUCAUGUAGCACUGAAUUUAUUAUCAAUUUAUGAACUUACAUGAGUUUUGCAUGUUAUCCCAGUUAAGAGUUUGAUGAGAAAUCUUGUUUGAGAUGUUCUAAUUUAA